GGCCGGAAGGCGGCGGGCGCUGCACAACGCGGAAGUGCCGGUCGGGCCGGGGCGAUGGCGGCGCCCGGCGGCCGCGGGGGCCCGGGCUGGGGGGUCCCGGUCCCGCCCAGGGGCGUCCCGGCCCCGGCCCUCUGAGGGGUCCCGCUCACGGCCCUCGCACGGGUCUCCGCCCGACCCUCUGAGGGGCGGCCGCCGAGUCUGCCGCGGGCCCCGGGCUGGGCUCGGGCCCGGCGGGGCGGGGGGCCAUGGCCACCCGGCGUCUCACGGACGCGUUCUUGUUGUUGCGGAACAACGCGGUGCAGAGCCGGCAGCUGCUGGCCGAGCAACUGGCUGAUGAUCGCAUGGCCCUGGUGUCGGGGAUAAGCCUGGAUCCCGAGGCAGCCAUCGGAGUGACCAAGCGGCUGCCUCCCAAAUGGGUCGAUGGGGCAGACGAAAUUCAAUAUGAUAUUGCCAGGGUUAAACAGAAGAUGAAAGAAUUAGCCAGUCUUCAUGAUAAACAUCUGAACAGACCCACACUGGAUGACAGCAGUGAAGAGGAACGGGCAAUAGAAAUAACAACCCAGGAGAUCACACAGUUAUUCCACAGAUGUCAGAGAGCAGUCCAGGUGUUGCAGAGCAGGUCACGUACUUGUACAGAACAAGAAGCACGUGUUCUCAGGAAUGUAGUGUCUUCCUUAGCACAGUCCCUUCAGGACCUCUCCACCAACUUUAGGCAUGCACAGUCUGACUAUCUCAAACGUAUGAAGAAUAGAGAAGAAAGGUCCAAACACUUCUUUGACACCUCAGUCCCACUGAUGGAUGAUGGAGAGGAUGAUACCCUUUAUGACAGAGGUUUUACAGAUGACCAGCUGGCAUUGGUGGAGCAAAACACACUGAUGGUGGAAGAGAGGGAACGAGAAAUCCGUCAGAUUGUGCAGUCAAUCUCCGAUCUCAAUGAAAUAUUUAGGGACCUGGGAGCAAUGAUAGUAGAACAGGGAACAGUUCUAGAUAGAAUUGACUAUAAUAUUGAACAGUCAUGUAUGAAAACUGAAGAGGGCCUAAAACAACUGCAUAAGGCAGAGCAAUAUCAAAAGAAGAAUCGGAAGAUGCUCGUUAUUUUAAUUUUGUUUGUUAUAGUAAUUGUCCUUAUUGUUGUUCUUAUUGGUGUAAAGUUACACUAGGUUUCACUUCAUUUUCUCAUUUUUGGAGUUUCUGUGAACUUUUUUCCCAAUGUGAAUGGAUGGACCUGCACUCCAGAAAGCUGCCUUUGAAUGUACGAGCCCUUGUGGUGCAACGUCUGUGCAAUGUUUCAGUAGAAUUCUUCAAAGUACAAGUUUGGUGAUCUGUGAGGUGUUUGUAAGGAUUAUAUGGAAAAUGUCAGGAAAUUUGAUGCUCCCACACAAAAAAAAAUUGGCGUUCUAUGCAGAGUUAUUUUGAAAUACAGUAUUUAAGAAUAAUUAAAAAUUGAAGUUUACCAGUGACUACAGUAAUUAGUGUGUUACUGUUAACAAAAUGUGUUGUCUUCUAUAUUCUUAUGUCAUAAUUGUUAUAGGCUUCAAAUUUAAACCAUGUUACUGAGUCAAUGCGACUGGAUAUCAAAAAUUGAUCUUGAUGUAAAAUUUGUUGAGAUGCAAAAUUGUUUGAUUGAAUGCCCUUUCUUCCAGACUCAAAAACUCCAAAGAACUGGAUAGACAGCUAAAAAGGAAAGCUUUUAGCAACCAGAACGUAAUCCAACCCCUGUGAUCUUAAUUUAGAUACUGCACCAUUACUAAGAAUCAGAGGUACUUGAUCUUGUAAAUAACAAGAUGUAAUCACUGGCAUAAUUUAACACAUUUAGUUAAUUAAAAAAAAUUCUGAGCUUGAGUAAUCAUGGGAAUAAUUUUCCUUCAUUGGGAUGAUCAUAUAUUUUUCUCAGGCAUUAUUUUUUUAGUUUAAAGUACAGACAUUACAUUAAAGCAGUGAAAUUAACCUGACAAAAAUGGAGUAGAAACUCAAAAAGAGAAUCUCUCUGGCCUGCUGCAGUGGGUCUUAGAUGUUUCAAACUGUAGCUGCUGUAAAAGUUGUUUAUUUAACAAUGCAUUUGUCCAUAUGGGUUAUGUUUUUUGUAUAAGAAGUGGCUUCACUACAGUAAAUAUUAUAUCCAUUUUCCCUGACAGAAAAUUCUCUUUCAAAUGUCAGCCUGGGAGAGGACGUGUUCGUGGUCUUUCAUUGACCAUGAGAGGUGUCAUGCAAGUGACAUUUUACAAGGCCUUCAGUGGAGAAUUUGGGGUUUUCACUGCUCUUUUCAGUGGAAAACUUUGCUGCAGGCUGUACAACAGAAAUUAAGGCAACAUAAAAGUAAUAGAAUACUUUUAAUUUAAUUCAGGCCUGAAGUGGUGUGCAAUUGUAGAGGCCUUGUCUUAAUGUUUUUAAUACUGAUUUUUUUUAUAUGUUUGGGGUUUUUUUUCCCAAAGGGACUGUAACUUCCUUCAUUUUUUGACUGAUACAAGUGCUCCCCAUAGACCUGCAGAGAUGUUCUGCUCCAAGCUCCAGAAGUGCAGUUUCAAAACACUAUGAUAUUGAAGUUGCAUCUGUCGCCUGCCCCGAAUUUCUUGACUCUGUGCUAAAGAGGACUUGAGAUGUGGCUUUAAACUGACCAUUUUCAGGGAUGGACCUGAAAGCAAAGACUGCAAAAACAUGAAAGCCUUGGCUUUUUGUGGGGCUUAUGAAAAGCUUUGUACCACUCUUGUUACCUCUAGAGAAAGGGGAUGUUGAACCACCAAAACUGCCAGUUCAAACUCUUCAUUGAAUUCAUGAAGUAAAUUGGUGAAAGGAAGAAUGAGGCUUGUGUUGUGUGUGCAGCUCCCCUGUUCUGGUGAUAGAUCUUUCAAUGAUCGUGAGUAAAACUACUGUCUCCCUCGUGCUGUCUGCAUCACUGGGUGUGAAGCAGCAAAUUGCUAUAAUUUAAUAUACUGUACUUGCAACUUUCUCUUUAACAUGAGAUCGUGUUAUUUAUUUCUGUCUUGACAGGUGCUUUUGACAUUUUAUCAUGGCAGAUGGUUUCAAAGAAGUAAUAAAACACAUCCAACCUAAUUGGACAAUUACUCUUUUUUCUUAUUUAAAUUAUAAACUGAAACAUACUUCUGUGUUGUUAACACAUUUCUGUUCUUCAUAAUAAAUGAAAGUGGCAGUGGCAUGAAAUACCUUUUUUUUAAAAAGUAACUUUCUGUAGCACAAUGUAUUUUGCAUUGUCAAGAGAUAUUUCCCAUGACUGCCUACUGUCUACCUUUUUUCUACUCAAAUUCUGUACAAGGGAAUGCAUUUUUAAUAAGGUUAAACUCAGAUGUCAAGUGUCAUAUGUGACUUGAGCUGGAUUUUAUUGAAGCUUGAUUCUGUUGAUGAAGAAAGCUCAGGACAGGCUGGAUUCUAAGUCAUUGCUGGUGUGUGGCUUAUUUUGAGUCAGUCUGAAUAAUAUCUGCAGUUCAAUCAAACCUGAUGCUGUGCUUUGUGGGAGUAUCCCCACAAAAGGGGAUCUGUCUGUGCCUUUGGGCAAUGAAAGCCCAGAAAAGCCACAGCAGCUGCUGCCUCCUCAGGUAUUCCAGGAGCUGCCAGAGCCUCCUGCCUUCGCUUCUGCCCAGCCCUGGAAAUCUCUGUGUGCUGCUGCAGGCAAAGCUGGGACCUUCUCAUCCUGGGGCUUCUUCGUGGGUGCUGGAUUCUUCUCAGCCUGUAUGGAAGCUCAAAUUCCUUGCUAAAGAGCAGAACAUUGCUCAGAAUUGCAUUGCUAAAGCAUCUCCCAAGGGUUUGUGUCUCCUCACCUGGCGGGAGUGGCCUGUAAAGCUGUUGGCUUGUACACAAUUUCUCCACUAAAAUGCAUGGGAGCAUGCAAAAAAUUAGCUGCAGCUUAUUAACAGAAAUUAAUUAUAUGCUGAAAGGACAGUAUUAAAAGCACUGUAAUAACAAAUUAUUUUUACUGAAAGUUUUCUCUAGAAACUGAAAAGUAAUGUGGAAAAAUUGUUUUUUUGCUUGCUGAUUUUUGGAAUUUGCUAAAAAUUGGAAUAUCUAUACUUAAUGCUGUGUUCACUGCAUAGAUUGCAUUGAUUUAAGGUUUGCUUUCAUGAACCACAGCACAAAAGAGUCUUAACUCUUUUGUUUAAGUGUUUGGAAACCUGCAAACUUUAAAUUCUUGGAUAGGUGACAGUGAAACUGAUUUGGUUGGAAAAAAAUGUGCUACUAUUUAAAAAAACCCAAACCAAACAACCGCCUUAAACAAAACUCAUUAAAACAGUGAAUUCAUUAUAAUUUUGCAUAUUAAUUAUGGUGGAUUGUGUAAGAUCAUAUUUUACUGGCUUAAUUCCGUGAAUACUUGGAGAGGAUCAAUAACUGGAAGAUGGGUCCUUGCUGAAGCUUCUGGUGGAGCUCAGACAAAUAGAAAUGUUUGCAGCUGCUGGUGGUGGGAUGUUCACAGGGAGUUUCUGUAGAUAAAAUUGAUUUUCUCAGUCCAUUCCCUUCACACGGACCCUCCUCUGCUGCCCUUAACUGCAACAAAAGGAUUGUGGGUUAGGUGUUUCCUGCUGUCUUAUUUGCUUUUCAGAUGCCGUGGAUUCAGGGAAUGUGCUGGUUUUGGAUGCUUUGAGCAGCAGGAACAGCAGAUUUUGAACUCCAUGAUUGGGAGCUUACUGCCUGGAGGAAUCUUUGGAAUGUCUCAAUCCUGAAGUAAUUGCUGUGUGUCCUCUCACUCCCACGCUGCUCUUAUGUAUUGGGAUAACAGUGGACCCCUGAGCAGUAUUUUCUGUGGCUCAGUAGAGACUCGUUAAAGCUGGAGCCUGUAUAUUGAGUUACCUUCCCAUCUGUGAGGAUGCACGACUGACCUCUGCAACAGAUGUUCCUACAACUUUUACUUUCAAUAAAGUUUCUGUGAUGUCCCUUCAAA